AUGCAGCUUCCUAUUAAAGUCAGCCAGCAAAAUACCCACACCAAAGUCAGCACGGAACAUAACAAGGAGUGCCUGAUAAACAUUUCCAAAUACAAGUUCUCCCUGGUCAUCAGCGGCCUCACCAAUAUCUUAAAAAAUGUUAAUAAUAUGAGGAUAUUUGGAGAAGCUGCAGAAAAGAACUUGUAUAUCUCUCAGCUGAUUAUUUUGGAUACUCUGGAAAAAUGUCUCGCUGGGCAACCGAAGGACACCAUGAGGCUCGAUGAGACGAUGUUGGUGAAGCAGCUACUGCCAGAGAUCUGCCAUUUUAUUUACACCUACCGGGAAGGGAAUCAACACGCUGCUGAGCUUCGCAAUUCGGCUUCUGGGGUUCUCUUUUCUCUCAGCUGCAACAACUUCAAUGCCGUUUUCAGCCGCAUCUCCACCAGAUUACAGGAGUUGACGGUGUGCUCUGAAGACAAUGCUGAUGUUCAUGACAUUGAGCUCUUACAGUACAUCAGCGUAGACUGCGCCAAAUUGAAGCGUAUCCUGCAAGAGACGGCCUUUAAAUUCAAAGCACUCAAGAAAGUAGCACAACUGGCGGUUAUUAACAGUCUUGAAAAGGCAUUUUGGAACUGGGUGGAAAACUAUCCGGAUGAGUUUACCAAGCUGUACCAGACUCCACAGACUGAUCUGGCAGAUUGUGCAGAGAAACUCUUUGAUUUGGUGGACGGGUUCGCGGAGAGCACGAAGCGCAAAGCAGCCGUUUGGCCGUUGCAAAUCAUCCUCCUUGUGUUGUGUCCGGAAAUCGUCCAAAGCAUCGCCAAGGAUGUGGGGGACGACAGCAAAAUAAACAAGAAGCUAUUUUUGGACAACCUCCGGAAGGCCCUGGCAGGCCACAGUGGAAGUCGGCAGCUGACUGAAAGCGCGGCCAUUGCGUGCGUCAAGCUGUGCAAAGCGUCCACCUAUAUCAGCUGGGAAGACAAUUCCGUCAUUUUCCUUCUGGUUCAGUCCAUGGUGGUGGAUCUCAAGAACCUGCUGUUCAACGCAAAUAAGCCUUUCUUGAGAAACCAGAACGCCGACAUCGACCUCAUGAUCGACUGCUUGGUGUCCUGCUUUCGCAUCAACCCGCACAACAACCAGCACUUCAAGACUUGCUUAGCACAGAAUUCUCCGUCAACAUUUCAUUACGUUCUGGUGAAUUCACUCCACCGGAUAAUCACAAAUUCCUCGUUAGACUGGUGGCCUAAGAUUGAUGCCGUCUAUUGCCAUUCCGUGGAGCUCCGCAGCAUGUUCAGCGAAACCCUCCACAAAGCUCUGCAGGGAUCUGGGGUUCACACCCCGAUUCGCAUGACCCCGAGUCUUACAUUCAAAGAGAAAAUGACAAGCCUUAAGUUUAAAGAAAAGCCUACAGACGUCGAAACCAGAAAUUACAAAGUCUUGCUGUUAUCCAUGGUAAAAUUGAUCCACGCCGACCCGAAACUCCUGCUCUGUAAUCCAAGAAAACAAGGGCCUGAUACACAAGGCAGCACGGCUGAGCUCAUAACAGGACUUGUCCAGCUGGUGCCACAGUCCAGCAUGCCCGAAAUAGCACAGGAAGCCAUGGAGGCUUUGCUUGUGCUCCAUCAGUUAGACAGCAUUGAUCUGUGGAACCCAGAUGCGCCAGUUGAAACAUUCUGGGAGAUCAGUUCGCAAAUGCUGUUUUGUAUAUGCAAGAGGCUAACGAGCAAUCAGAUUCUCAGCAGCACAGAAAUCCUCAAGUGGCUGAGAGAGAUUUUGAUCUGCAGGAACAAAUUUCUUCUGAAAAACAAACAAUCCGAUAGGAGUUCCUGUCCCUUUCUCUUCCUUUACGGCGUAGGAUGUGAUGUCCCUGGGGGCGGAGCUAAUCAAAUUUCUCUUGACCCCGACGAGAUGAUGCGCUGCCUCCCGGGAGCGACACUCAGGAAGGGCAAAGGGAGCUUCAGCAUGGAGAGCCCGGCAGGUUGCAGCGGGACACAGAUCUGCCGCCAAGCCCAGACGAAACUCGAGGUUGCUUUGUACAUGUCCCUCUGGAGCCCGGACACCGAGGCGGUGCUGGUCGCCAUGUCGUGUUUCCGGCACCUUUGUGAGGAGGCCGACAUCCGGUGCGGUGUCGACGAAGUCUCCGUCCAUAACUUCCUGCCCAACUACAACACUUUCAUGGAGUUUGCGUCCGUAAGCAACAUGAUGUCUACAGGCAGAACAGCUCUCCAGAAAAGAGUGAUGGCUUUGCUGAGGCGAAUCGAACACCCAACACCUGGCAACACAGAGGCCUGGGAAGACACGCAUUUAAAAUGGGAGACGGCGACGAAAUUGAUUCUCAACUAUCCGAAGACCAAAAUGGAAGAUGGCCAGGUUGCCGAAAGUCUUCACAAGACCAUCGUCAAGCGGCGGAUGUCCCAUGUCAGCGGGGGAGGCUCCAUAGACCUCUCGGAUACAGACUCUCUGCAGGAGUGGAUCAACAUGACCGGCUUCCUGUGCGCGCUCGGCGGGGUGUGCCUCCAACACCGCGGCUGCGCCCCGUUUCCUUCCUACAGCCCACCCAUGGGCCCCGUGAGCGAGCGGAAAGGCUCCAUGAUCUCCAUGCUGUCGACCGAUGGCAACACGGAGACCCCCGUGAGCAAGUUCCUGGACCGCCUGCUGUCUUUAAUGGUCUGCACCCACGAAAAAGUGGGCAUACAGAUCCGGGCGAACGUGAAGGAUCUCAUGGGCCUUGAGCUGAGCCCGGCCCUUUACCCCAUGCUCUUCAACAAACUGAAGAACAACAUCAGCAAGUUUUUUGACUCACAAGGGCAGGUUUUGCUGAACGACACCAACACACAGUUUGUGGAGCAGACCAUUGCGAUCAUGAAGAACCUGCUCGAUAACCACACGGAGGGGAGCUCGGAGCACCUCGGACAAGCCAGCAUUGAGACCAUGAUGCUGAAUCUGGUCAGAUACGUCCGUGUUCUUGGGAAUUUGGUACAUGCAAUUCAGAUAAAAACCAAGCUCUGUCAGCUGGUGAAGGUAAUGAUGGAGAGGCGAGAUGACCUUUCCUUCUGCCAGGAGAUGAAAUUCAGGAACAAGAUGGUGGAAUACCUGACGGAUUGGGUUAUGGGGACAUCCAACCAGGCGACCGAUGAGGACGUGAAAUGUUUGACAAGAGAUCUGGACCAGGCAAGCAUGGAAGCCGUGGUGUCUCUCCUUGCGGGACUUCCACUCCAGCCUGAAGAAGGGGAUGGCGUUGAACUGAUGGAAGCGAAGUCCCAGUUAUUCCUUAAGUACUUCACCCUGUUUAUGAACCUCCUCAACGACUGCAGCGAAGUGGAAGACGAAAACGCACAGCCGGGCAGCCGGAAGCGCGGGAUGUCCCGAAGGCCGGCUUUCUUGCGACACUGCACCGUUCUGGCCAUGUCCAACUUGCUCAAUGCCAACGUGGACAGCGGCCUGAUGCACUCUAUAGGGCUGGGGUAUCACAAAGAUCUUCAGACGAGAGCCACGUUUAUGGAGGUCCUCACCAAGAUCCUGCAGCAGGGCACGGAGUUUGACACCCUGGCGGAGACGGUGCUGGCGGAUCGGUUCGAGAGGCUGGUGGAGCUGGUCACCAUGAUGGGGGACCAAGGGGAGCUGCCGAUCGCCAUGGCUCUGGCCAACGUGGUGCCUUGCUCCCAGUGGGAUGAACUGGCUCGUGUCCUCGUCACCCUGUUCGACUCAAGGCACUUGCUCUACCAGCUGCUCUGGAACAUGUUUUCUAAAGAAGUCGAACUGGCCGACUCCAUGCAGACGCUCUUCAGGGGAAAUAGUCUGGCGAGCAAGAUCAUGACUUUUUGCUUUAAGGUCUAUGGUGCCACUUACCUACAGAAGCUUUUGGAGCCUUUAUUAAGGAACAUUAUUACCUGUACGGAAUGGCAGCAUGUUAGCUUUGAAGUGGACCCUACGAGGCUGGAGUCAAGUGAAAGCCUCGAAGACAACCAACGGAGCCUCCUGCAGAUGACGGAGAAGUUCUUCCACGCCAUCAUCAACUCCUCUGCAGAAUUCCCACCCCAGCUUCGCAGUGUGUGCCACUGUCUUUAUCAGGCAACUUGCCACUCUCUCCUGAAUAAAGCUACCGUAAAAGAAAAAAAGGAAAACAAAAAAUCAGUGGUCAGUCAGCGAUUCCCUCAGAACAGCAUCGGAGCGGUUGGCAGUGCCAUGUUUCUGCGUUUCAUCAACCCCGCGAUCGUCUCUCCCUACGAGGCUGGGAUUUUAGACAAGAAGCCGCCGCCCAGAAUCGAAAGGGGGUUGAAGCUAAUGUCCAAGGUACUGCAAAGCAUCGCCAACCACGUCUUGUUUACGAAAGAGGAGCACAUGCGGCCUUUCAAUGACUUUGUGAAGAGCAAUUUUGAUGCAGCGCGAAGGUUUUUCCUUGACAUUGCAUCAGAUUGUCCAGCCAGCGACACAGUCAACCACAGCCUCUCUUUCAUCAGCGACAGUAACGUCCUGGCUUUGCAUCGCCUGCUCUGGAAUAAUCAGGAGAAGAUUGGCCAGUACCUGUCGAGCAACAGGGACCACAAAGCUGUCGGAAGGCGGCCUUUUGACAAGAUGGCAACUUUGCUGGCCUACCUCGGCCCCCCCGAGCACAAGCCCGUGGCAGACACGCAGUGGUCCAGCAUUAAUCUCACCAGUUCCAAGUUUGAAGAAUUCAUGACUAGGCACCAGGUGCAUGAAAAAGAGGAAUUCAAAGCCCUCAAGACGCUAAAUAUCUUCUAUCAAGCCGGGACAUCCAAAGCUGGCAAUCCUGUCUUCUAUUACAUUGCACGCCGGUUCAAGACCGGCCAGAUCAAUGGCGAUCUGCUGAUCUACCACGUCUUGUUAACGUUGAAGCCAUACUACGCGAAGCCCUAUGAGAUUGUGGUGGACCUCACUCAUGCCGGCCCCAGCAACCGCUUCAAGACGGACUUCCUGUCCAAGUGGUUCGUCGUUUUCCCAGGAUUCGCUUACGAGAACGUGGCCGCCGUUUUCAUCUACAACUGCAACUCGUGGGUCAGGGAGUACACCAAGUACCACGAGAGGCUCCUGACGGGCCUCAAAGGCAGCAAGAAGCUCAUCUUCAUCGACUCCCCCGGGAAACUGGCGGAACACAUUGAGCACGAGCAACAGAAGCUUCCAGUGUCCACUCUGGCCUUGGAAGAGGACCUCAAGGUUUUCCACAAUGCUCUGAAGCUGGCCCACAAGGACACCAAAGUCUCUAUUAAAGUUGGUUCUACGGCUGUGCAGGUGACUUCUGCUGAGCGCACGAGGGUCUUGGGCCAGACGGUGUUCUUGAACGACAUCUACUACGCCUCUGAGAUAGAAGAGAUCUGCCUGGUCGAUGAAAGCCAAUUCACCUUAACCAUUGCCAACCAAGGGACGCCUCUCACGUUCAUGCACCAGGAGUGCGAAGCCAUUGUCCAGUCCAUCAUCCACAUACGGACGCGAUGGGAGCUGUCGCAGCCUGACUCCAUCCCGCAGCAUACGAAAAUCCGCCCAAAGGACGUUCCUGGGACGCUGCUCAAUAUUGCGUUGCUUAAUCUAGGGAGCUCAGACCCCAGCCUACGGUCUGCAGCCUAUAAUCUUCUCUGUGCCUUAACCUGUACCUUUAAUCUAAAGAUUGAAGGCCAGUUACUGGAAACUUCAGGUCUGUGUAUCCCUGCCAACAACACCCUUUUUAUUGUCUCAAUUAGUAAGACUCUGGCAGCUAAUGAGCCCCACCUCACCUUAGAGUUUUUGGAAGAAUGCAUUUCUGGAUUCAGCAAAUCUGGCAUUGAACUGAAACACCUCUGUCUGGAAUACAUGACCCCCUGGUUGUCAAACUUGGUCCGCUUCUGCAAACACAACGACGAUGCCAAACGCCAGCGAGUCACUGCGAUUCUCGACAAACUGAUCACAAUGACUAUCAAUGAGAAGCAGAUGUACCCUUCCAUCCAGGCCAAAAUAUGGGGCAGUUUGGGACAGAUAACGGAUCUGCUCGAUGUGGUGCUGGACAGCUUCAUCAAAACCAGUGCUACGGGAGGGUUGGGAUCCAUCAAAGCGGAGGUCAUGGCAGACACGGCGGUCGCCUUGGCUUCCGGAAAUGUGAAGCUCGUUUCCAGUAAAGUGAUUGGAAGGAUGUGCAAGAUCAUCGACAAGACGUGUCUGUCUCCAACUCCUACCUUAGAGCAGCACCUGAUGUGGGAUGAUAUUGCCAUCCUAGCCCGCUACAUGCUGAUGCUGUCCUUCAACAAUUCCCUCGACGUGGCCGCGCAUCUCCCCUACCUCUUCCAUGUGGUCACUUUGCUGGUGGCCACCGGCCCGCUUACCCUUCGAGCUUCCACCCACGGCCUGGUCAUCAACAUCAUCCAUUCCUUGUGCACUUGUUCCCAGCUUCAUUUCAGCGAGGAGACCAAGCAAGUUUUGAGGUUGAGCUUGACGGAAUUCUCACUGCCCAAAUUCUAUUUGCUGUUUGGAAUAAGCAAAGUGAAAUCAGCAGCGGUCAUUGCAUUCCGGUCCAGUUAUCGGGACCGUUCGUUCUCCCCGGGGUCCUACGAGAGGGAGACAUUUGCGCUGACAUCCCUCGAAACUGUCACAGAAGCUCUGCUGGAGAUUAUGGAGGCCUGUAUGAGAGAUAUUCCGACUUGCAAGUGGCUUGACCAGUGGACGGAACUAGCUCAAAAGUUUGCAUUCCAGUAUAAUCCGUCCCUCCAGCCCCGAGCCCUCGUGGUCUUUGGGUGCAUCAGCAAGCGCGUGUCGCACGGCCAGAUCAAGCAAAUUAUCCGGAUCCUUAGCAAGGGUCUGGAGAGUUGCUUGAAAGGUCCCGAUAACUACAAUAGCCAAGUUCUUAUAGAAGCCACUGUCAUAGCACUGACCAAGUUGCAGCCACUCCUUAAUAAGGACUCUCCUAUGCACGAGGCCCUCUUCUGGGUGGCGGUGGCUGUUCUGCAGCUGGAUGAGGUCAACCUGUAUUCGGCAGGCACGGCUCUGCUUGAACAAAAUCUCCAUACCCUGGAUAACCUUCGAGUAUUCAAUGACAAAAGUCCGGAAGGAGUUUUCAUGGAGAUCCGGAGGCCACUCGAAUGGCACUGCAAGCAAAUGGACCACUUUGUGGGACUCAAUUUCAAUUCGAACUUCAACUUUGCCCUUGUGGGUCAUCUCCUGAAAGGCUAUCGGCAUCCCUCGCCAACUAUUGCCGCGAGGACCGUAAGGAUCCUCCACACGCUCCUCGCCCUGGUGAACAAACAGAGGAACUGUGACAAGUUUGAGGUGAAUACGCAGAGUGUGGCUUACCUCGCAGCUUUGCUCACUGUGUCUGAGGAGGUUCGAAGCCGCUGCAGCCUAAAGCAUAGGAAGUCCCUCCUGGUGACAGAUAUCUCAGUGGAGAAUGUUCCCAUGGAGACCUACCCCAUCCAUCACAGCGAUGCUGGCUAUAGGACACUAAGGGAAAACCAGCCCUGGUCUUCUCCCAAGACCUCUGACAGGCACCUCACUCCGAGUUAUCCCACGGCAGGCCAAAUCAGCCCACGCACAAGGAAGUCCAUGAGCCUGGAUAUGGGGCAGCCGUCUCAAACCAACACUAAAAAGUUACUCGGUACAAGGAAGAGUUUCGACCACUUGAUAUCCGACACGAAAGCGCCCAAAAGGCAAGAAAUGGAAUCGGGGAUCACCACGCCGCCCAAAAUGCGGAGGGUGGCAGAAAACGAUUACGAAAUGGAAACACAAAGGAUAUCGCCCCAGCAGCAUCCACACCUCCGAAAAGUCUCGGUAUCUGAGUCGAAUGUCCUUCUGGAUGAAGAGGUGCUCACCGAUCCCAAAAUCCAAGCUCUUUUACUUACUGUGCUUGCAACGCUAGUGAAAUAUACGGCAGAUGAGUUUGACCAGCGAAUCCUGUAUGAGUAUUUAGCAGAAGCCAGUGUUGUUUUCCCCAAGGUCUUUCCUGUUGUGCACAAUUUGUUGGACUUCAAGAUAAACACUCUGUUGUCUCAAUGUCAGGAUCCAAAUUUGCUGAAUCCGAUUCAUGGCAUCCUUCAGAGCGUGGUCUACCAUGAGGAAUCGCCCCCCCAGUACCAAACCUCCUACCUACAAAGUUUCGGAUUUAAUGGCUUGUGGAGGUUUGCGGGACCAUUUUCUAAGCAAACGCAGAUCCCAGACUACGCUGAGCUCAUUGUGAAGUUCCUCGAUGCCUUGAUCGACACCUACUUGCCUGGCAUUGACGAAGAAGCCAGCGAGGAGUCGCUGCUGACGCCCACGUCGCCUUACCCUCCGGCGCAGAGCCAGCUCAGCAUCACCGCCAACCUCAACCUCUCGAAUUCCAUGACCUCCCUUGCAACCUCCCAGCAUUCCCCAGGCCUCGACAAGGAGAAUGUGGAACUCUCCCCCACCACGACGCACUCCAACAGCGGGAGGACUCGCCACGGCUCUGCCAGCCAGGUGCACAAGCAGCGCAGCACCGGCAGCUUCAAGCGCCACAGCAUCAAAAAGAUCGUGUGAAACGUUCCCCCCCCCAUUUCCAUUCGGUAUAAAAACUGACAGGCGUCCUCUGCCCGCCCUUCCCCUCCAAGCCCCCGAUGUGGCUGUGCCGCACUUAAUUCCGAACCUUUCUUCCUGACCCCUGGUCCCAUCAGCCGUGGUUCCAGAAGAUCAACGUUGGAGACGUUUUGCGUGACUUUUUCUUUUUCGUUGACCUUAAACAAGGGCACUUCACCCGUGCCGAGAUUUUGCUUUAUUUUGGUCUUCAGAUAUUUUAGAGGUGCAUCUCCCGAUACUCCAAAAAUCGCUGCCUUCUUCUUCUUCUUUUUUUCUUUUUUUUUUUUCUCCUUUUGGGAAAGAGAACGGCACCAGAAUUAUGCCCAUUCUGUGUUUCUGAGCUGCCGGUUUCUGAACCAGCGAACAGAACCAACUUUAAAAAAAAAAACAGGAAGAAAGGAAAGGAGGGUUGACACUGGCUGCAUCCAGAGCUGGAAAUGGCAUCUUCCUCUGGCUCACACAGACACAUACUUCGAACAUGUUGGUCUUUCAUUGUUGGGGCUGUUUUUUUGGUUUGGUUUGUCUGUUUUUUGUUUUUUUUAACAGUUCGUUUCGUGUCUCCUCUAGAGGGGGGAAGCGUUGAGAUUCGAUCUUGCUUGCACAUUGGGUGGCUUUGUCGGCCAGCAGACUCGCCGGUAAAGAUCCUGGUUUCCCUCCGAACUGCGCUUUAACCGUGGACUUCCUUCCGCUGGCCGCUCGGCCCCCACGGCGGGGCUGCCCGCCAGGCCAGAGAGAAAAAGACUUCACCCGUGCCGAGAUUUUGCUUUAGUUUGGUCUUCAGCUAUUUCAGAGGCGCAUCUCCCGAUACUCCAAAAGUCGCCUCUCCUUGUAUCGAGCAGGCUGAAACGGCUCACCUUUUCUCGCUGACCUUUGAGUCUUAAAUUUACCCCUCCCCAAAGUAGAUCAGCAGGGCAGCCACCUAGAGAGUUACAGGCACAGAGUGGAAGGCGCUUCCCCCGGGUCCUAUUCUGCCCCAGCCUGGAGGGGAAAUCACAGCCAUAAGGGGCAAGGGGGAUUGCCCGGUGUCAUGCCAACCUGGUCCCUACCACCAUGGGGGGGGGGAUCCCCGGCCAUCUUGGGUUGAUUUCAAGGGGCCCUUGGUAGGAAAACUCCACAGAGAGGUAAGUUGACGUUGUGUAGCCUUAGGUGACCUGUCCCCACAGAAGUUAUGAUUGAUACUUUUACACACACAGACAGACAGACACACACACACCCUUUCCUCCAGCUUCCCUGUGACUUGUGUCCUGCGCAGGGCUUGGCCGCUUCAGGGGUCACCAGCAGAAGAGCCAAAUUAAAACAGAGAUUACUACCAGUCUUGACCACAGCAUGGAAAAAGAUCAUGUUUUUGUACUGCAAUCACCAGAAUCCCCCAACAGGCAUGGUCACUCAGCACUUUGGCCGGUGCGAUUCGAGGACUUUUCAGGCAGGUACGUCAGCCAUAUCGCUCACACCUCGCCGUGGUGGUCAGCCUUGGCUCCCCCACCUCAAGUCCCACGGUAUUUUCGGCUCUAGUGCCCAGAAACCCCAGCCAGCCUGGCCAACAGCUGGGGAUUCUGGGAUUUGAAGUCUAAAACCUACGGAGGGCUUCUGGUCGAGAAGAGCUGGCCCCGGCUGACUCACGGGGCUGCUUUGCAGACAACGUGGGAGGGACCGGCGUAUACCAGCUCCUUGGAAGAAAGGAGAGGGAUGAAGGUGGAUGAAAAUACAUCAUUUUGAAGAAACCAUCAAAUUGAGUUAAAACACGGUGGUUUCCAUUUAAAGGGUCAAAACCAAUUACGAUUUAAAUCAAGUCUACCCUGAGAGGGAUAUGAAUUAAGUGCUUUAAUAAGUACGCUCCGGCCCUUCUCUUCAACCCCGUGGGAAGGCCAGCGCAAGCAGAAGAGGUUGCCUAAUGUAAGCCAGUCAGCUUUCAGGCGGAGAGGGGCUUCCGGCGUUGCUCUCCUCACAUCUUUCUCUCUGAUACAUUAACCCCCACACGGUUGCACCAUUCUGAUUUGGCUGAAAGUCCCACCCAGCAGAAAUGCGUCCGAUAGAAACUGCUUUUCGGUGUCUUAAAAAUAGGCCAUUUGUCUAAAUUUUGAUGAAACAAAUCCUCUU